UAAAAAAUAGUAUUUGAAUUCAAUUCUUUUUUUUUUUUUUUUUUUUUUUUCUGAUCCUAUUUGAAUUCAAUUCUUAAUAAAGUGUAAUUGGUACAUUUGUUAAUUGUGUUAUCUAUAAACUCCAUAAAACACUACUUAUAAAAUGUCUUAGCCAACAGUUAGCUUCUAGUUGUCUUCUUCCCCAGCUGCUUACAUGGUGUCCACUGUGGUUGCAGAAAUACCCCGAUAAGGAAGUCCGAUUUCUUUCACAUAAACCCUAAUUUGAUGAACUUAUGCCCCAAUUCAACCCCCAAACUAUGUGCACACGAGAAUGUCUUUUGCCUACUAGGGUUUAUCAACCAUAUCCAAUCAAAAUUCUAAGCUGCUCAAGCAUUGCUUCAAUUCGAAUUCGGAAACAUUCUCAGCAAUUCAAUGCUACUAAAUUUUCUAGGGUUCAAGUUCAAUUCACUCGUCCGCGACCCAUUUUAGCCUGUAAAUCAUCGACUGAGGAUACGACGAAUUUGAAUAAUGAGGAUUUUGUGACUAGGGUUUUGAAGGAAAACCCUAGCCAAGUAGAACCCAGGUUUCGAAUUGGAGAUGAAGUGCUUACUUCGACUGAAAUAGAGAAUUUAAAGAACAAAAGAUAUCGUUUUGGAGCUUUUGAGGUGUUGAAGAAGCUGAUUUCGAAGGAUAAGGGGAGGGAAAAUGAGGUUGUUGAGGAAAAUGGGGGUGAAAAAUUGGAGGGUGAUGUGUAUUUGAAGGAUAUAUUGAGGGAAUUUAGAGGGAAGCUCUAUGUUCCAGAGCAAUUGUUUGGGGUGAAUUUGUCUGAAGAAGAGGAAUUUGAUCGGAGUUUUGAGGCGUUGCCGAAAAUGAGCUAUGAGGAGUUUGUGAAGUUUAUGAGGAAGGAUAAGGUUAAGUUGUUGACUCUCAAGGAGGAGCAGAGUGGAAUGGUUACUGGGGAUGAGGUUAGAGAUUAUAUUGUGGAGCUGAAAGAAACUCCUGGAGAGAAGAGCUUGCAUCGAACUCGAUGGGCAAUGCAGUUGGAUGCUAAUCAAGCACAGCUGAUCUUGACAGAGUAUACUGGUCCUCAGUAUGAAAUAGAGACACGAGCUACGGCAUCAAUUGUGAAAUUGCCGGAGUAUCCUAAUCCUAUUGCAUCCUCCAUAUCAAGCAGAAUUAUGGUGGAAUUUGGAAUGGUUACUGUUGUCUUGGCAGCUGCUGCAGUUGUUGUUGGAAGCUUUCUUGCUUCAGCUGUUUUUGCUGCCACCAGCUUUGUUUUUGUUGCUACUGUGUACAUUGCCUGGCCUAUUGUUAAGCCUUUUCUCAAACUCUUCCUCGGAAUCAUUUUUGGUAUUGCGGAGAGAGUUUGGGAUAAUCUUACUGACAUGUUUAGCGAUGGAGGAUUAAUUUCCAAGAUAUCUGAAUUUUAUACUUUUGGUGGUUUAUCUGCUAGUCUUGAGAUACUUAAACCAAUCUCAUUGGUUCUUUUAACUAUGGUUCUCCUUGUACGUUUUACUCUUUCAAGAAGACCAAAGAAUUUCAAGAAGUGGGAUAUUUGGCAAGGUAUUGAUUUUUCACAAUCCAAGCCUCAGGCUCGAGUUGAUGGUUCAACUGGGGUCACUUUUGCUGAUGUAGCUGGCAUUGAAGAAGCAGUUGAAGAGCUUCAAGAGUUGGUGAAUUACUUGAAGAAUCCAGAUCUUUUUGAUAAACUGGGAAUUAAACCUCCUCAUGGAGUCCUUCUGGAAGGGCCACCUGGUUGUGGAAAGACUUUAGUUGCAAAAGCGAUAGCUGGUGAAGCUGGUGUUCCAUUUUACCAAAUGGCUGGGUCAGAGUUUGUUGAAGUUCUUGUCGGUGUUGGUUCUGCACGUAUCAGGGAUUUAUUCAAGAGAGCCAAGGUAAAUAAGCCAUCUGUCAUAUUCAUUGAUGAAAUUGAUGCAUUAGCUACACGGCGGCAAGGAAUAUUCAGUGAUUCAAGUGAUAAUCUGUAUAAUGCAGCCACUCAAGAGAGAGAAACUACUUUGAAUCAGCUCUUAAUUGAACUUGAUGGUUUUGAUACUGGCAAAGGUGUCAUCUUUCUAGGUGCUACCAACAGAAUGGAUUUGUUGGACCCUGCACUUCUUCGACCAGGUCGUUUUGAUAGAAAGAUAAGAGUUCAACCUCCCAAUGCUAAAGGAAGAUUGGAAGUCUUGAAAGUUCAUGCCCGCAAAGUGAAAUUGUCUCCUUCUGUUGAUUUGUCCAGUUAUGCCAAUGACUUACCUGGAUGGACUGGUGCGAAGUUGGCUCAGCUGUUGCAAGAAGCUGCUUUAGUUGCUGCUAGGAAAGGGCAUGAAGAGGUUGACCAGUCUGAUCUUGAUGAUGCAGUGGAUCGACUAACAAUUGGGCCUAAACGUGUCGGCAUAGAGUUGGGGCACCAAGGACAAUGUCGCAGGGCCACAGCUGAAGUGGGAACUGCUAUAACAUCUCAUUUGCUUAGAAGGCUUGAGAAUGCAAAAGUUGAACGUUGUGAUCGUGUGUCUAUCAACCCACGUGGCCAGACACUAUCACAAGUCGUAUUUCAUCGUCUUGAUGAUGAGUUAUACAUGUUUGAGAGGCGGCCACAGUUGCUACAUCGUUUACAGGUAUUUCUUGGUGGGAGAGCUGCUGAGGACGUUAUAUAUGGACGUGAUACAUCAAGGGCAUCAGUUAACUAUCUUGCUGAUGCAACCUGGCUUGCCCGAAAAAUUAUAACCAUAUGGAAUCUGGAGAACCCUAUGGUCAUACAUGGGGAACCACCUCCUUGGAGGAAGACGGCUAAAUUUGUGGGACCCAGGCUGGACUUUGAGGGUUCCUUGUAUGAUGACUAUGAUCUUACAGAACCCCCACUUAAUUUCAAUUUGGACGAUGAAAUUGCCAAGCGAACUGAAGAAUUGUUGCGGGAGAUGUAUAAGAAGACUGUUUUGCUGCUUAGACAGCAUCAUGCCGCUUUGCUCAAAACUGUAAAGGUUCUAUUAAACCAAAAGGAGAUCAGCGGAGCAGAAAUUGAUUUUAUCAUUGACAAAUACCCUGCAGAAACAUCAGUGAGCCUUCUGUUGGAGGAGGAACAUCCUGGUAGCCUUCCGUUCUUUAGUGAGGACCAAGGCUAUGAGCUAGAGCAUGCAUUGGCAACUUCAUCAAGUGGUGAAUUGGUGUAACAUUUCCAUGCCAUUGAUAGACCAGGACAACAACGGAAUCAGUGUGUUGCAUAGAAGUCGAUUUCCUUGAUAUGUGAGCCAUAGCGUCUAUAAUCUAAUCCAUUGUACUGACAUACUGGAGACAUGCCCCAAGCAGGCUGAGAGGAAGAACGCGGGUUAAGCUAUUAGUUGUAAGCUCUCACAUAUUAAGGAAAUUUGAAGUUUUGAAAUGAGUCUGUAAGCUGUUUUUGUAGUUUUGUCACUUGUUGACGUUUAAUGUACAGAGAUUCUUGGCCCAAUAUUUUGCCUAGCUCCAUGUUGAGGGAGCAAUAGUGAAAUUGUAUUUUACCUAAGCUAAAUACUUCGUAGUAUAAGUACUACAAUUGUUUAGGCGGAGAGAGGUUGAAUUUGACGGACAAUAUAAGAAGGAAUAUCAUUCAACA